AUAUACAAUGUAUAUAUGUCGAUUUCAUCAGUUUUGCAAGUUGUUUCGCGAACAAUAAGAUUUUCAAUCUUUUCGUAUUAUAAACUAUAGCAGUAAUAAAAUAAACCAGCUUGUAAUCAUAACUAUAACAUAAACACAAGUUUUGUGAAUAAAAAUAAAAGAUGGAAGGAAAAGGAAAAAAAAAGAGUAAAAAACCGUUGUCAAAUCCUUCAGGCGAUCAACAGCCUCAUACAGAAUCCCACAGUGAGCCGCAGCAUCAUGCGGGCCAACAGAGAGGCAAAGGUAAAGGGAAGCAGCAGCAUUCCAAACAGAUCGAGGUCGGUUCCGGAGACACAAGUGUGCAUCAAAAAGGACCCCAAAAACAACAACAGCCACCUGUUCAUUUUGCCGGUGGGGGCGAUGCAGAGCAGCAUCCGCCGCAAGCCUACGGAAAACGCACGGGAAAACAGCAAAAACAAUUGCAGCAGGAAUCAUCAGUACCGACGAACCCAAUGCAGCAACCUUCGCAAACGCAAGAGAAAAGUGUACGAAAGCAGCAACAACAAUCGCAACAAAAGCAGCAGCAAACACCCCAAGAGCAAUCAUCGUCUAUGGAGCCAUCUGGUGGUAAGAAGCAGGAAGGCGAAGUCAAGUUGACUUACAAACAAAGACAACUGCUUAAACAACAGCAACAACCACAGCCGGUACAAACGCCCUCUCAGGAACCUGCAAAGCAGCCAUCACAUGCAUCCACACCGUCUUCUCAUGGGUCAUCGCCCUCCCAUGCUGCUGCAUUGCAACAAGUUGCUGAGGAUUUCAGCUCUAUGAAAAUAGACAAACAAAAGAUACAAUCUUCAAAUCUGCUACAGGUUCUUAUUCGUCCCAAUGCAUACGGAACUCGUGGCAAAAAAUUCUCAGUCGAAGUCAACUAUGUCCAGUUGUUGAUUGAUCGUCUAAUCGGUUCGGCAUACCACUACGAUGUGGAUAUAAAACCGCCGGCAUCGCGCAAAUGGCAAAGAGCUGCGUUCGCUGCAUUCGCAUCACAAUUGUUUAAAGGAUAUAAUUUCGGUUUCGACGGCCACAAGAAUGCAUACUCGGCCAAACGGCUUAAAGCUGAUCACUACGAGCAGGAAGUGAAGGUACUGGAAGAUGGCCGGGAGCGCAAGUUUACCGUCACCAUGAAGGAAGCAGCCGUAGUGGACAUGACCUGCCUGAAAAAUUAUAUGAACAAUGGUAGUCUCGCUAAACCAAUGGCGGCCAUCCAAUGCUUGGACGUAGUUCUUCGUACAGCAUAUGAGAAUAAUAACCGAUUUGUGAAGUUUAAAAAAUCCAUCUACGCCGUACCUAGCCAGCCCGAAGACAUCGGCGCAAACCAUGAGUUGUGGUACGGGCUGUUUCAAUCGGCAUUGUUGGGAGCCAAACCCUUUCUAAACAUAGACGUGUCGCAUAAGGCAUUCCCAUCCGGGGGACCGGUGUUGAAAAUUCUGGCCGAUUUGAACCGAUCUUCUGUUCCGAACGAUGUUCCCGAUUGGUUGGCGAGAGAAUUAACAACUUAUCUAAAAGGAAUGGAAAUCAGUUACACAGGGCCAAGCGCGGCCAACAAAAUUUACAAAUUCAACAAACUAAAGGGCCCAGCCAGUAAGGAGUCUUUCAAACAAGAUAACGGCACUGUAUUGACUGUUGAACAGUACUUCCGCCAACAAGGAAUGCCUCUGAAGUACCCAAAUCUGCCAGUCAUGCACGUUGGAAGCCUUGUUCGCAACAUACUACUACCAAUGGAAUUUUGCACCAUUCCGCGUGGACAAGCUUUAACCAAAAAGCAUCCGGAUUCGUGUACCCAAAUGAUCAUACGACGAUCAGCCACCGACACCGCCACUAGGAAGAAAAAAAUUAUGGAUUUAUUCAACCAAAUCGGCUAUAAUAAUGCUCCAGCUAUUAAAGAAUUUGGUGUUAAUGUUGGUAAUACUUUUGAGCAAGUUGAAGCUCGCAUGAUAGAUGCUCCAAACCUACUAUACCGCAAUAACGCCCAAGCUAAGCCCAUGAGAGGUGUGUGGCGCGCAGACAAUUUCAAUUUUGUAACUCCAAGCACGGAUGUAGUAAGACGUCAACUUCGAUGGACAAUCCUUAAUUUGGACUUUAGAACGCGUCCCGAUGCUAUCGAGGAUUUCGGGCGAUCCAUUUAUAGACUAGCCGAAAAGCAGCAAGUUCAACUUGAGCCGUUUUCGAUGAAAUCCAAUUUUUAUGAGCCACGUGAUAUGAGAUCAUGCAUUCGUGACUUGGACAAUAUUUUGCAGGAGCUUAAACGGCAACAAAUGGACUUGGUUAUUGUAAUCAUUCCGGCAGCGGGGGGGCCAAACGGCGAUGUGUACGCCAAGGUUAAACAAAAAGCCGAAUUAUUCACAGGAUUGUUGACGCAGUGUAUCAAGGGAGAUACAUUGUUCAAAAAACGAGGUGAUCUUAGCACCAUCAAUAACAUUUGGCUCAAGAUCAACGCCAAGACCAACGGAACAAACCAUACGCUAGCACCGCCUUGCAAACCACCAUUUUCCCGCCAGAAGAUAAUGUACAUCGGUGCCGAUGUGACGCAUCCCUCGCCGGAGCAGACAAACAUACCGAGUGUUGUUGGUGUUACUGCUUCCUACGACUUAGAAGGAUUCCGCUACAACUGCAGUUAUCGACUGCAGAAUCCCAAAGAUGAAAUGAUUCGUGAUCUGCAGAACAUUGUGACCAAACAGAUAAGACUGUUUCAACAGCAGAAUGCUUCCCUCCCUGAACUGAUUAUGUACUAUCGCGAUGGAGUCUCGGAAGGUCAGUUUUCCGAAAUAUUGACCAUCGAAUUGAGAGCUAUACAGGCCGCUGGAGCGAGUGUUAGCCCUACAUAUAAGCCGAAGAUCACAUUCAUAGUGGUGCAGAAACGCCACCAUGCUCGAUUUUUCCCAACACCCAACUGCCCAACGGAGGGCAGAAACAACAACGUUAUGCCAGGGACGAUCGUGGAUCGGCACAUCACCGCUCCGAAUCAGUAUCAGUUUUUCCUGGUUUCUCACGCCGCCGUACAGGGUGUCGCAAAACCGACAAAGUACUGUGUACUGUAUGACGACGAAAACUGCAACCCGGACCAAUUACAAGCACUUACGUACAAUCUAUGCCACAUGUUUGCACGCUGCAAUCGAUCAGUUUCGUAUCCAGCGCCCACCUACUACGCGCAUUUGGCUGCCUACCGAGGAAGAGUCUACAUCAAAGACCGCCCUCUUAACAUGGACAAUUUACUGCAGGAAUACCAGCGUCUGCAAAUUAAAACCGAAAUCAUCGAUGGUCAUCCCAUGUUCUUCGUCUAAAGCGUUUGAUACAAACUACAGUCAUACAAUCUCGUCUUCGUGCACCGCUAUGUGGAAUGCGAAUAGGAAAUUGUAUCACCGUUAGUGAUAUUUUUUAAAUAAUUUUCUUUUGCCUUGUUAACACAUAAUAAUAUUAUAUUAUAUCUAUAGCCACACAAAUAUAAAAAAAUAAAUGAUAUUUUUUUUAUUUAGUGGUCUUGGGGUAACUUGAGACUACAAACUUCAAA